AUGAAGAUCACCCUUGCCAUCGGAGCCCUUGUGGCCCUUUGCCAGUCCGCUCUGGCCCUCAAAGACGGAACUUAUUCGAUCGGAUCGGCGGCUCUACAAAGCAAUAAAGUCCUGACCGACGUAGGCCAGAACGAAGAGCUCGAGUUCUCUGAGAAGAGCAACAACCCUUACCAGACAUGGUUCUUUACCAAAAAAGGCGGCGAGCGCGACUUUGUGAUCCAAAACCUCAGUGGUGGUUAUAUCGACUGUGGCGUUGAGCCAGGUACUCACUGCGUUUCCGGGGACGACGAAGAGAUUUAUACCGUCGAGCAAAGCAUCGAUGGUGACUAUGAACUUGUAUCAAAGAAGACUGGAUACUUCUUGCACGCCGUCGACAAGGGCCUGCAACUUGCUGAAUGGAGCCCCAGCCCCGAGCAAGAAUUUAUUCUGACUCCCAUUUAA